CAGUCUUUUUAUUACCAACCGUAAAUACCUGAUUGUUUUACAGUUGUGUUUUUUGUGUCCCGGAGAUUUCUUUCUGGUGACGUAACAAAAGAGGCGUGGCCAGUAUGCACCAAACGUCCCCCACGUGCUGUUGAGGAAGGAUGAUUGAAGUACAGUUAACCGAGUGGCCAUCAUAAUCUCCAGCAGAAUAACGGCAAGGCCUCCGGUUCCUCGUAUCUGACUCAGCCGCUCCGUCACAUCUAGUAAUUCACGUACGCGACCGAUCAUACGCGUUUCUCUUCCUCGUCACCACUGAUGGAUAAACAAUGGAGAAGCGGUCAGCAGAAAUUUCUGGCGCCCCUAUGUUCCCAUGCACGGGAUCAUUGUUUAUGAUGCUGUUGUUGUGUAGGAGGGCAGGGACGGACCUGAUCUCGUCGGAUUUCUGUUAAAAAGCGCUCACAACACGACAGGCUGUGACCGGCCUCGCAUCCCUUUCGCUCCGCGCAGCAGCAGCUGAUGGUGCCGCUCUCCUCCCGAAGAAAACAUGGUGAAAUUCCCGACGCUCACGCACUACUGGCCUCUCAUCCGAUUCCUGGUGCCUCUGGCUAUCACCAACAUAGCCAUCGACCUCGGCGAACAGGCUUUAAACAGGGGAAUUGCAACAGUCAAAGAAAAUGCGGUGGAAAUGCUUGCCAGUUAUGGCCUGGCUUACUCCCUCAUGAAGUUCUUCACGGGUCCUAUGAGCGACUUCAAGAAUGUAGGGCUGGUGUUUGUGAACAGCAAACGGGACAGAUCCAAGGCGGUCCUGUGCAUGGUUGCUGCGGGAACUGUGGCCAUCAUUUUCCACACUCUUAUUGCCUACACAGAUCUGGGCUAUUACAUCAUCAACAAGCUGCAUCACGUGGACGAGUCUGUGGGGAGUAAUACCCGGAGGGCGUUCCUUUACCUGGCUGCUUUUCCUUUAAUUGAUGCCGUUGCCUGGACUCAUGCUGGAAUCCUUUUGAAACACAAGCACAGUUUUCUGGUGGGAUGUGCCUCUAUUUCUGAUGUUGUUGCACAGAUUGUGUUUGUGGCUAUUUUGCUCCACAGUCGUCUGGCGUGUGUCGAGCCCUUGUUGAUUCCAAUCAUCUCUCUGUAUAUGGGGGCCUUCGUACGCUUCACUGUUGUUGGUCUAGGGUACUACAGACACAUACAUGACAACAUCCCAGACUCCAGCGGGCCUGAGGUUGGGGGGGAUGCCACUAUUAAAAAGAUGCUAAGCUUUUGGUGGCCACUGGCUCUAAUUCUGGCUACGCAGAGGAUUAGCAGACCCAUCGUCAAUCUGUUUGUAUCGCGAGAUCUGAAAGGAAGCAUAGCUGCCACAGAGGCUGUUGCAGUUCUCACAGCAACAUAUCCAGUGGGUCAUAUGCCGUAUGGUUGGCUAACUGAACUCAGAGCUGUUUACCCUGCAUUUGAUAAGAACCCAAGCAACAAGUUGACCAACAGUGGUACAAUUGUGACAAAGUCCCACAUCAAGCGCUUCACUUUUGUUUGUUUGGCUCUUUCUAUAACACUCUGCUUUAUAGUGUUCUGGGCACCACACAUUUCUGAGAAGAUUCUGGUGGACAUCAUAGGAGUGGAUCAAGCCUUUGCUGCGAUGUGCAUCGUCCCAUUAAGGAUUUUCUCAUUCUUUCCUAUUCCAGUAACAAUCCGUGCUCACCUGACUGGUUGGCUCAUGACCCUAAAAAAGACUUUUGUCCUGGCACCCAGCUCUGUUCUCCGCAUUAUUGUUCUGAUCACCAGUCUGAUAGUACUGCCUUACAUGGGGGUACACGGGGCCACACUUGGAGUAGGAUCCCUGCUGGCCGGUUUCGUCGGGGAAUCCGCUAUGGUUGCCAUUGCAUCUUGCUAUGUGUACCGAAAACAGAAAAAUAAAGACUCUGAUGAGGAACUGACCUUGGACGAGGAAGACUUAGCCCCCAUGAAUGAGGUCAGAACCGGGGACCACAUGGAUGACAUUGUGGAGUUAAAUGAGGAUGAAGAAGAGUUAGAGGAAUACUGAGCAGUGGAUUCUGGGCUGAGCAGGAUGCAUUGUGGUAAUCUGGAAGCCUCUGCAUUUCUGGGCAGUGUUGUAAUGCUUACUGUACCCCGCUGCUCUUUCCCUUCUGCCACAGUGGGAUAAUGUCCAGUUUACCUUUUCAGUGUGCGCACAGUUUAAAAAAACACAGAAAGAGAGAGAGAUUUUGCUCUCAUAUUAUAAUGAUCUGAGAGCAGCAUAUCCUUGUUGAAAAGCCGUUACAGUAAAUCCGCAGACAUACAAACGUGUUCAUGUCUUCCAGAUCCCAUCCGGAGAAUCCCGAUGCGGGACAGUGAAGAUAUCUAUUUGUACCAAAGCAAUGUUGUGAUCAAACUCUUAUUUUCCUGAAUGCUGAUCUUUAUUUUGCUGCCGUCCCACUUGUUUUGAAUUUUAAAGGAAGGACGAACAACAUGUAUCCGCUUGGAAUGUAUUUUUUCUUUUUUACUUCUGAUAUUUAACAGAAAUAACUGACUUGAAAGACUUUAGAGGUCCAGUGGCAGAACUUGUUGCUGCAGUUUUGGGCCAACUGACAUUUUUUGACAGGAAAUUAAUAUCAACAGAGGAUAUACAUAUAAAUAUAUAUAUAUAUAUACAGAUUUUUAUUGAAAUUAAGAAUGAUUUUAAUGGAUGUCAUAGUAAACAACAGUUUCAGAGUGACUAAUGUUUGGAGUUUAUGGGUCAUGAGGGACUAUUUUUUAAAUACACAGAUGUUGUAGUUGUUUAAAGUAUGAUACAUUUUGUAUGGGUGAUGUUGUGAAAUGUGUAUAUUGUAGGAAAAGAAAGAAUUGGACUGUGUGUUUUCAUAAGUGUCUAUUGCAGUAUUUUUUAUUAUUUAUAUUUAAUUUUAAUUUAAUUUGGACACUUUUGUAUCUCAGGAUGUUUGUGAUGGGAAAUACACUUGAUAAGUACAAAGUCCUGGUAUUGAUCCCUCCCCAAUGAGCUGUGUUUUUUUUCUCUCUCUAUGAACAACAAUGCACAACUAGUAAGGAUGUCAUAAGUUUGUGUUUGUUUAAUUUAGAUUGUUGUAGUGAAGUCUGCUUAAGCUUGUUCUGUAUUUACAACUUUUUGGACAACGCAAAGCAGAAAAAAUGACAUGAUAGAGCAAAGCAUUACAGCUUGGAAAAGAAAGUGUGCAAUCCUCUGUCAUUAAACAGUAAAAAUGUGGUAUAAAGUGGUCUUUGGUGAGGUUCUUAUGCUGUGUUCUGUAAAAAAAUUGUUUUGCAGCUGAACAAUCUUGAAGUGACUUGAUGGAUAAAUGAAGGGAAAUGUACUGUAACAAUAAAUUAUACUGACACAUUCACAUACUGACAAUGACAUCAAAUCCAAACGUUUUAAUGGGUGUUAAAUGAGCGCACAUUCAUUUUAAAAUGGUGCAAGGACUCACCCUAGCGGGGAGAGCUGGCACUGCAGUGGUGUCUGAACACUGAUCAUAAGAUCAAAGAGCCGCAGUGUAGUUACACAUUCACUCACAUGUUUAGAGGAUCACAUUUAUUUUUGCUUAAACAUUUUUUAAAGGAUCAAGGCAAACAUAAGUAAUGUUGCACAUGUUGGUCGAUAGAAUUAAGAUGGUAGUGGUUUAGUUUGGAUGUUGUAAUGUUUCUUUAACCUCUUAAGACAUACGUGGACAUUACAUUUUUUAUUGUUGUUGUUGUUUGCACCAUAAUACUUAAUUCUGUGUAACUGGAACCUGUUGUACACAAACAUGUACAAUUACACUGCUUCUUGUUCUAAGUCAGAAAAAUAUUUGGUUAUUAUAUUUAUUGGUUCUUCCUAAAAUAGCUGGAAGAAAUCUGAAAAAAGACAAACCAAACCAAAGGAGGUUAAUUAAAUUGUUUGUUGUAAAUGUGCUAAAUAAACAAUUACUAAA